AUGCCAAUUUACUGCUCCAGCACUCCCUCUCCUCUGCGGCCCACACCUCCUCUCACCUCCUUCUCUGUUCCCAGCUACACCUUCAUGCUCUUCAUGCCUCCGUCUCUGCUGGACUCCGUGUGGUUACGAGCCAAGCUGGUGCAAGAAGUCCAAGCAGAGGUUGUAAAAUGGAUUCUCCCCAGACAGAGCCAUCAGGGAAAGGGCAGAAAGCGGAAAAGAAUGGAGCCCAAGGUGAACCACCAAGAGUUGUCCUCGGACCAGAUGGUGAUGCUGCUGGAACUCCUGCUUGAAGAAGCCACAAUGAGCCACGCAACAAUGCAGCGUGUGCAUAAAGCAUACGCCCUGCACAGGCACGAUGCUGAGGUUAGACAUCGCUGGUGUGAGCUGGUUGUGAAACAGCGCUUCUCUCAGGCAUACGCAGAUGUGGAGUACUUCCUCAUUCAUGACCAGGCGAUGGGCGUGUAUCUGUACGGAGAGCUGAUGGUUCACGAAGACGCCCGUCAGCAGGCUCUGGCCCGUCGCUGCCUUACACUGUCAACAGGUUACCGAGUCCAGAUGGAGACGGCAGAGGGGAAGGGGAUGCCACAAAACGCCCACGCUCGUCCCAAAGCCAGCCUCAGCCAACUGUUCUGCAGACACAGCACAAGCACAGUCCAAAAAAGCACAAAAACGCAGAAACACAGAAAAGCCGAGGGUCAUUUUUACCUGUUUAGCUUCACGACCAGAGAGUUUGGACCUGCGUCAGUGACCGUGCGGGUGACUUGA